CCCCUGGCCCCCUGCGAGCGAGAGCGGGCCACGCACCCGGUCCUGCAGGUCGUUGGCCAGCACGUCAUUGUCCUCAACCCUGAGGAGCCCGGUGGUCCCCCCGGCAACGUGCUGCCCCUUCGUGGGCCCAAGCACCAGGGCAAGGACCUGAAGUUUGUCUUUGACCGGGUGUUUGGGGAGGAGGCCACGCAGGAGGAGGUGUUCCAGCACACCACCUCUGAGGUGUUGGACAGUGUCCUCGAUGGCUACAACUGCUCUGUGUUUGCCUAUGGUGCGACCGGAGCAGGGAAAACCUACACCAUGCUGGGCUCGGAGCACAGCCCUGGCAUCAUGUACUUCACCAUGGUGGAGCUGUACAAGAGGAUCGAGGCCAGAAAGGAGGAGAAGAGCUGUGAGGUCCUAGUCUCCUACCAGGAGGUGUACAACGAGCAGAUUUAUGACCUGCUGGAGCCCAAGGGACCUCUAGCUAUCCGGGAGGAUCCUGAGAGAGGAGUUGUGGUUCAGGGCCUCUCCUUCCAUCAGCCUGCAUCAGCAGAGCAGCUCCUGGAGAUGUUGGCCAAUGGCAACAAAAACCGGACACAGCAUCCCACCGAUGCCAACGCUGCCUCCUCCCGCUCACACGCCAUCUUCCAGAUCCACGUGAAGCAGCAGGACCGCAUUGGCAGCCUCACUCGGGACCUGAAGGUGGCCAAGAUGAGCCUGAUCGACCUGGCAGGUUCAGAGCGAGCGUCGGUGGCCAACACCAGGGGAGAGCGGCUGCGGGAGGGCGCCAACAUCAACCGCUCGCUGCUGGCCCUCAUCAACGUCAUCAACGCCUUGGCUGAUGCAAAGAGCAAGAAAAGCCACAUCCCGUACCGGGACAGCAAGCUGACACGCCUGCUGAAGGACUCCAUUAUUGGUGGCACCUGCCGCACUGUCAUGGUGGCAGCAGUGAGUCCCUCCGUGCUGGCCUACGAGGACACCUACAACACGCUCAAAUAUGCCAGCAGGGCCAAGGAGAUCAAGCUGUCGCUGAAGAGCAACACGCGCAGCUCUGACUACCACAUCUGUGAAUAUGUCGAGAUCUGCGAGCAGCUGAAAGGGGAGGUGGCAGAUCUGCGGGCAAAGCUCCGUGCUUAUGAGGAUGCUGCCCAAGAGGCAGAGAACCAGGUGCCAGCACCACAGGCUCCCUCCAGCUUGAGCCCAGUGCAGCUGCCCAGGUUGGAGGAAGCUGUCCCAGAGACAUGCUUGGCCCUUGAUGGUCAGAGGGAGAAUGAGGGAGAGCAGCAGGAGCUGGAAGCUGGUUUGCCUGUUCAGAUGCAGCUGGAAUUGGAGAAUGAGGCUCCAGAGGAAAUGCCUCCCAGCAGCCCUAGAGCAUCCCAUCGGGCAGAUCUGCAGCUGGAACCGAAGCAACCAAGGCUUGGAAGAAAUAGCCUUCUGCAGGGGCUGUCACACACGGAGAAGCCUGCAGCCACUAUCCUGAGUGUCAUCCAGAAGCUAUAUUCCAUCCUGAAGGCUGCCAACCUCCUUACUCCUGACGUGGUUUCUGUGCUUGAGGAACUGGAGCACCUGGUCCCUCGGGACACUGGUGUAAGCCCUGAGCAAGCUGUGCCUCUGAGCAGACCCGCGGAGGUCAGCGAGGCCACCCCAGCCAAGAGGAUGAAGUGGAGCUGUGAUGUGCCACCGUGUUACACCCCCAAAACCUGCCAAGCACCAGUCACCAGAAGCCGGGUGCCCCUGGCAACAUCAUCUGCCCAGAACCAGUGCUCCCUGCCUGCCCACGACCUCAAUGCGACUUUUGAGGUCUGUGAGGGCAGCAGAUCUCCCAGCACCAUCGAGCCGGUUUCCAUCAGCCUGUCUGAAUUCUCUGUCUGGGACAACAGCCAGUGCCUCCAGAAAGAGCAGGAUGGUCUCUUCAUGCCCAAAGCCCCCAUCUCGAUGUUGGCCAUGAAGAAUUCCUCCAUCCCCAAAGCAUCUGUGCUGAAGCAGACGCAAGCGGAGAG